GGCAUCUUGGUAACAUCGGUUUUUUACAUUUGAGGUUUUAGGUCUCAGUGUACAGGUGUGUUCUACAUCCUUUUCAAGAAGAACUUCUCUACCUCUUAGACACUGUGCCACUAGAAUAGACAUAUCUCCUGCUUUGUCAUUGUUUCAGGAGGGAAUGCAUAUUCUUUCUAGGGCCACCUGUUUCUUCAUUCAUACUACUCAAAACAGUUCAGACUUUUUGAUUGAACUGUCUUACUGAGAAGGAUGUGUUUUACACAUAUAUCUUUAAGAAGGAAAAAACUAGUGUUGGAAACUUUCUAGAAGAAAUGCAGAAAACAUAUAACCUAAUGAUAGAAGUUUUAAAGCUGAUACUUUACAAAAACAAACUCUUUGCUGCUUUGAGUGCAUAGUGAAGUAGAGGUACUUUUGUCCGUCUACAUAAAAAUAGUGUUGUAAUGUUUGGAGGCCUUUUGGGCUUAUUACUAUAAAGGAAAAAAAAGCAUUUGAGCUAAGGCAUUCUCAAUGCAGCUUUAGGAAAUCUCUUAGAAAUUUAUGGCACAUAGUCUUUAGUUGUGUUUUCUGAAAAGGAGUUCUAGAAUGGGGGGAACAAUUACUCAUGGAAACUAUCCAUGUCACUAGGAAACUAGAACUUAUGUGAAAGAAAGAGGUCUGGAUUUGACGUCAAUUUUAGCGAAGUCUCUAAGGAGCUUGGUUGUAUUUUACUCCUUGAAGGAAAGAGUGAACGCAAUCCAGAGAAGGCCCAAGUUGAAUACCAAAGAUGAACUAAGUCUGCAAUCCAGGUAACAAAUCACAAGACAGUGGCAUAGCAGAGAUGGAAGAACUCCCUGUCCCACAUAACAUCAAAAUAAGUAACAUCACAUGUGACUCCUUCAAGAUCUCAUGGGAGAUGGACUCGAAGUCAAAGGACCGCAUUACACACUACUUCAUUGACCUCAACAAGAAAGAGAACAAGAACUCUAAUAAAUUUAAACACAAGGAUGUUCCAACAAAAUUGGUGGCAAAAGCUGUUCCCUUGCCAAUGACUGUUCGUGGACACUGGUUUUUGAGCCCAAGGACUGAGUAUACAGUAGCAGUGCAGACGGCCUCAAAACAAGUUGAUGGUGAUUAUGUUGUAUCUGAAUGGAGUGAAAUUAUCGAGUUCUGUACAGCAGAUUACUCAAAAGUUCAUCUAACACAGCUGCUGGAGAAGGCUGACGUGAUUGCAGGACGCAUGCUCAAGUUCUCUGUUUUCUACAGGAACCAGCACAAAGAGUAUUUUGACUAUGUUAGAGAACACCAUGGAGAUGCUAUGCAGCCUUCUGUAAAGGAUAACAGUGGCAGCCAUGGCUCACCCAUCAGUGGAAAACUAGAAGGCAUCUUCUUCAGCUGCAGCACUGAGUUCAAUACAGGGAAGCCACCCCAGGAUUCACCGUAUGGAAGAUACAGGUUUGAGAUUGCAGCAGAAAAACUGUUCAACCCCAAUACUAACUUAUACUUUGGGGACUUCUACUGUAUGUACACUGCGUAUCAUUAUGUGAUUCUUGUCAUUGCCCCUGUGGGAUCACCAGGAGAUGAAUUCUGUAAGCAGCGCCUUCCUCAACUAAAUUCCAAGGAUAAUAAGUUUUUGACCUGUACAGAAGAAGAUGGGGUGCUGGUGUACCACCACGCCCAGGAUGUCAUUUUAGAAGUCAUUUACACUGACCCUGUGGCUCUUUCUCUGGGCACCGUGGCAGAAAUCACUGGUCAUCAGCUCAUGAGUUUGUCUACUGCAAACGCAAAGAAAGACCCCAGCUGCAAAACCUGUAACAUCAGUGUCGGACGUUAACGCCACUUUCGUACUCUCCCUCCCCGUCUUCCCAUAGGAGCACUGCCCUCUGUUGUCCAUUUUCAUCAUCAGAUGUUCCCACUGAAGCAUGCAUAUGCCGCUGUCACCAAAAGCAAACUACCAUUCAGAGCCUUCCCGUGUCUCCUCUUGCCCACCCUGUCCACCACUUCCAGUGAUGUCCCCAAGUUGUCCUGACACUUUGUUUGCCUAGAUGCUGCAAUGCUUUUAUGUUUCCUUUAUGCCAAACAUAACAAGACAGUUAUAUAGACCGCUUUAGCAAAGUACAAAAUAAUGGCUUAUAAAUGGUGUUUAAAUAUGCAUCCAUUUUAAUCUACUGAAUAAAUAUUGGGAUAACGCCAAACCGCAUGAAAGGGUGUAAUUGCAGCAUGAGUUAAAUCUUAAAGCCUAGAAUCAUCAGCACUUCCACCUUGUUGUUUGACAGUGUUAUUUAUGUUAUUUAUAUUAGCUAACAGGAAACAGUUACUGUGCUUCAACAUAAUAAAUAUAAUAGAAAAAUAUUUUAUUUGUAUGUUGUAUAAAAUAUUUACAAUCAUAUAGAAUAUAGUUACAUUUUAAUAGCAAUUGUAUACAUCUCACGAAACCAUUUCCCUUAUCAAAGAUGUAAUUUGUAAACCUUAAAUAGUUGUGUAUCUGUCCUGUUACAAGUAGAUGACUUCAAUUAAACAAAUUUAUGAAGGCCA